AUGUCCGACUUGGCUGCAACUACAGGCUCAGUAGCAUGCACCAUAUGCGGUGGCCUCUACAAGCAGAGGGGGUUGAAGAAACAUAUGGCCACCUGUAAACUGAAGAAGACCAGCCGAGCAAAAGACAAUGAAUUUCUGGCAAAGGAACGGCUUCGCGCGGCGCAGGAAAUUCUAAACAGCCGUAAAGGGGAUCGAGCCUCGUCAGCGUCGCAGGUCACCACGCCACCACAUCCACCUUCCCCGACAUUUACUGCUCAAGCACCAGAGCCCCUCAGUUCCCCUCCCUCUCCACCACCAUCUUCUCCCUCACCGCCACCACCAGCCCUGGACUUUGACGACACUGGGGCUUAUAGUGAUAGCAGCCAUGGUUCGGCUCCUGUAUCUCCUAUAGAUGAAGGUGAACAGGGGCCUCAAAUGGAUGACAUCAAGUGCGAAUAUCAUCCAUCAAGCCAACGUCCGGCAUCGAUUGACCGUUUUCAUGAAUACGGCCACAAUCUCAAGGUGCGAGUUGACCAUAUCAUUGACGAUGAACCAUGGCGACCUUUCCGGACUCGCCGUGACUUUGAAUUCGCAUCUAUCGCCAUUACUGAGUCACUAAAUGAGAAGACUGUUGAUGUUCUUCUUGAACUUGCUUAUGGUGCUGUUGGAAGGGAUCCCAACCGUGGUGUUUUGACACUGCAAUCAUACAAGGAGAUGAUGAACAUUUGGAAGCUUGCUGCGGACAAAAUGCCUGGGUUCACAAAGCACAUCGUCUCUGAUAUGUAUAAGGGUAAUCAGUUGAGCUAUGAUGUGUGGCGACGCCCUGUUUGGGACUGGGUCAUGAAGCUCGUACAAGAUCCCUCUCUUGCUCCUCACUUUGAAUGGGACGCAAAGCGGUUGUAUAAGUUCAAUGGCGAGUCUUGGAUACGGUUCUAUGAUGAACUUGUCACUGGCGAUCUUUGGUGGGAGCUUCAGUCAACCCUACCUGAUGGUGGAAAGCCACUCAUCUUAAUCAUAUAUGCUGACAAAACCCGGCUUUCGACUUUUGGAACGGCUAAAGGUUAUCCUGUCAUUGCCCGAGUUGGCAAUCUGAACAUUGAUAUCCGUAAUGGUGAGGGACCAGGUGGUGGGUUUAUGGUUGGAUGGUUACCAGUGAUUGAGGAGUUGGCGUCCGAGACACACAAAACAAAAUGGACAAAUCAUAAAGCCACCAUAUACCACCUUGCAAUGGGGGUUAUCUUGGAGGAUAUUAUCACUCACUCUCAUACUGGGUUUGCGGUGAAAUGUGGUGAUAGUAUUCAGCGGACCUUGUAUCCCUGCAUUCCCAUAAAGUCUGCUGAUUAUGAGGAAGUCUGUGUGAUGACAUUGACAAGGGGGACUGGCUCCUACUUCCCUUGCCCCGUUUGCUUGGUCCCAGAUGAUAAGUUGGCCAUCCACAAUACCACUUAUCCACUUCGUACCCAAGCUACUAUGAAGAAGAUAUACAACGAUGCCAUGGCAAUGAAGACCGUGGAUGAAUCCAAUAAUCUGCUCAAGAAAUAUGGUUUACGUGGCAUUGAUAAUGUAUUUUGGAAAAUCGCCAACUCUGAUCCUUAUCGCAGUACCUCAUUUGACUGCUUGCAUACAUUUGAUGGAGGAUUAUUUGAUGAUCAUCUCUUCAAACAAAUCCUCCUUCAUGUCACUGCUCUUGGCCGGAAGUCUUUAACAACUCUUGAUAAUCAAAUGAUGGCCUUUCCUCGAUGGAGUGGUCUUAACCACUUCAAGGCAAUUACUACAUUGUCAUUCAAUGAUGGCUCCAAGAGUGAAGAUAUAUCAAAGUGUAUUUUAUUUGCAGCCCACAAUAUUCUCACCCGGCAAGUAGAUGCUGCAGGGUAUAUCCUUCUCAAAUGCAUGCGGUGUUAUAUCAACUUGCGGAUGUAUGCUGGGCUUCAGGUUCAUACUUCUGAGACCAUUUUGGCCGGUCGACAUGAAGUCCAACAACUGUCAAUACUUCUCCAGGAGUAUCAAGCAAAGACAAAGCCAGAGUUCCACAAGAAUUGGAACUUUCCAAAAAACCAUCUCUACGUCCAUUUGUUUGAUGAUAUUGAACGGAAAGGUGCGACUCGCAACUAUAGCACGAAGCCAUAUGAGAAAUCCCAUGGUGGCUUGAAAACGACAUACCGUAGGCGAACCAAUUUCAAGAAUAUUGCACCUCAGAUCUUGUUGAUUGACCAUCUGAAACAGGUUUCUGAAUUCAUAUGGGAUGAAAUCAAUGUUCUUGAUGCCUCAAGGGAGGCAGUUUUGGCACACAGGGAUGAGGAGGAUGAAGAUGAUGGUGAUGAUGUUCAACCACCUUCUGGACAUUAUAGGCUUGGUUCACGUUCAAAGCCCAUCACACUUGCUGAGGUUGAAGCAAACCAUCAAGCAGAUGCAGCAUUCGAAAGGUUCCGAUUACGCCUUUCAGAAUUUAUCAACAGGGAGUUGGAUGUGGAGAAACAGCCAGGAUAUCGGUAUCUCCGAACUCCAGGUGACCAGCUUACAAAGAUUCACCCUGGGAAAUAUUUGACCAUCAACUAUGAGUCAACUGUUGACUGGCGGCAAGAUACCAACUUGCUUCGGUGCAAUCCAAAAUUCCAAGGAGCACCACGAUACGAUCACGUUAUAAUCAAGACUGCACGUCCAACGACACUUGGCGCAGACAUCGUUGCGCAACUUUUGAUGGUGUUCUCAAUUACAGUGGAUGAGGCCACAUAUGAUAUUGCACUUGUGCAUCCUCUUGACCGACCCUCUGGUGUCAGGCAGCAGAAAGACAUUGACCUGCAAUUGCUUCGUCUCAGAGGGCGACCCCGGAAAUCUGCAGAGUUUGUCUUUUUAUCCUCCAUUAUACGAGGUGCACUUGUAGUUCCUGACUUUAUUCAGCAAGGAGACUAUUUCCUUGUAGAUACAGUUGACGGUGAUAUGUUUCUUAGGUAUCGGUUGAUUAAAUAA